AUGGCAACCCCGAGAGUGGGCGUUCAGGUUGUUGAGCCUCCAAAGGCUGUACUGGCCUUUGCGCUGGCAAUCGUGAAGAACACGCCAGCCGACACGACAGUCAAGGAAUACAUCCUUGAACUCCGAAAAUCUAUCAGUGGGGCGGAGGAUACUAAGCCCAUCCUCACUGAUCAGUUCUUUGAUAGUGUGAGACACUGGCAGAAUGCCUACCGGAAGUCCGAGCUUGAACAAAUCAAGCUGCACAACACUAUCUUCGAGCUGAAGCAGAAGAAUGAGGCUCUUCUCGCCAAAGUCAAGGCGGAGACCCCACCAGCAAAGCGUAAAGUCUUUGCUGAGGUUGAGAAUGAGCUCGAGGGUGGCAAGAAGAGUGGAAACCCUCGUUCCAGAAACCAGCCCCGGCAUAAUAACGAAGGCCAAGGCCAGGAUGAGAGCCGUGACUCGGAACCCGAAAAAGGCGUCUCCUUCCUGAGACACCUUUUUACCUUUCAGCGGACGCUGCAAGCAAAGCGUCGCAUGACCAAGGCUCUGGCCAUUGACGCAGUCAUCCUCUGCAAAGAGGCAGAGCGUGGGCUUUUGAACGCCGUCCAGGGCGAGAUCACAUCAGCCACUCAGCCACCGAAGACUUUCCCAAUCCCGAGGCGCAAGGAGCCCGAAUUCAAGGCCGUCGUGAAUGCCGUCAAACAAUCGUUUCAAUUGGUCUAUCAUGUUCUCCACAAAACCCCUGAAGCGGCGGACAAUGGCAAAUCCCAGCCCAAAGUCAUCUACUACAUGGUGUGUCUCUUCGAGUCUACCAUGACUGGCCUCACCCAGUAUUGCACUGCAGUGUCGAAGGAGACCGAGUCAGUCAAAGCGACAAAGGGUACCACUCAAGUCAAUCGGAAGCAGAAGAAAGCAGCUCCCCCAGCGAGAGGCUUGACCAGUGCAAGGACCGACACAGCACGUGCCCUAGCUGAACUGCUAUGCGAAAUGGCGCUUUCACUGGAGAUCAAUGAGUCGUGCGACCGGAAAGUGAUGGAAGGAUACCUUCACAUCGUACUUGAGCGACUGGGAAAGAUGCUCGCUCUCUUCACCUUCGAUGGCAUGAAACUUCCAACCAAUACCAGCGCAAAGAUGCAGCCUCCGGAAGGCCUGGCAGCAAUGAAAGCCGAGGGCAUUUCGCAAAAGACCGCUGAACUGGAGGCAAAACAACUCAUUCACUUCCUCGACAGACUCUUGAAAACCCAAACUCUCUUCCUUUCCACGUCUACGAUCUCCGGUCCUCAAGCCCCUUUCAGUCUCAAACUCCAGGAAUCGAUGAAGAAGACCUUACUUCAGGCGGUGUUUGGAAAGGAUGAUCCUCUAUUCCAAGGCGGCUUGGAGCGGCCUGCGACCCCACCUCCAACUGCGCGUUACGCCCCCCCAAUGAGAAAUUGGACUUUUCCGAUUGGUUUGCAAGGGAGUUAUGGCGCCUCGUUGGCUGGGACAUUCUAG